CCAGCGGCUUCCUCCACCGAUGAUGGCAUGACCUGGUGGUACAGGUGGCUGUGCAGGAUUGCCGGGGUCCUCGGGGGCCUGUCCUGUGCCUUUGCUGGUCUCUGGAACUGUGUCACCAUCAACCCCCUGAACAUCGCGGCUGGCGUGUGGAUGAUGCUCAAUGCCUUCGUCCUGUUCCUGUGCGAAGCCCCCUUCUGCUGCCAGUUCAUCGAGUUUGCGAAUGCCGUCUCUGCAAGGGCGGACGGGCUGCGGCCCUGGCAGAAAGCUGCUUUCUACUGCGGGAUGGCUGUGUUCCCCAUCAUGCUCAGCCUGACGUUGACCACGCUCUUUGGAAAUGCCAUUGCGUUUGCCACCGGGGUGCUUUAUGGCCUGUCGGCGCUCGGCAAAAAGGGAGAUGCCAUUUCCUAUGCUCGGAUCCACCAGCAGCAGAAGCAAAUGGAUGAAGAGAAGCUCACAGGGGCCCUAGAGGGACAGGCUCUCUGAAGCAUGCGAGCUUGGGGUAACCGCUCCUGGACACGGAGAUGUUGGUGAAGAUACGGAUAACUGCUCUGCCCUUCCCUCUGCCCGCUCCCCUCUCUGUAACACCGCGAUUUCCCUGGACACUG